AUGUCAGAUUCACAAUGUCCAAUUUGUAAAACUGAUUCUUAUUUAAAUCCAGAAUUAGUCCUGUACAUUAGUCCCUGUUUCCAUAAAAUUUGUGAAAAUUGUCUUAAUAGAUAUUUCUCUUCUGGUAUGUCCAAAUGUUUGGAAUGUGGUGUUGAAUUAAGAAAAAUCAAUUACAUCACGUCCACUUUCGAAGAUAUAGAAGUAGAAAAAGAAUGUAAAAUUAGAAGACAAUUAGAUAGAUAUUUUUCUAGAGAAGAAUCUGAUUUUGAAAAUGAAGAAUUGUAUAAUGAUUAUUCAGAGAAAUUAGAAGAUCUUGUCUUUGAUUUACUCGAAUACAAAAGUGAAUCUUCAAUUAAAGCCAAAAUCAACACUGUGCUUAAUGAUGAAAAAAACUUUUUAAAUUAUAAAAAAAUCAAAAUUGAGCCAAUAAAAUCAGAAGAAAAGAGAUUUAAAAUAGAAGAACCAACUUCUUAUUUAACAGAAUUUAAGAAAGAAAUAGUUUUAGUUAAAAAUUUCAUAAGACCAUCAAGAAGUGGAGGAUUAAGUAAAAAAUAUUUACUUUCUCAUCUUAUAAAUGGAAUAUAA